ACCACAGUUUAAAAGCAACCUCCGUCAUGAUCGCGUCAGCUGGCCUUUAAGUCGUCCUACCACUUCUUUUUCUUCCUCGUCUUUCUCGGCAACGAGUCGACCGCGCACACAGAACAGUUCGCUCGAGACGGUCGAUCGCCAGGUCUUUCCACGCGGUGCGGAAUGCCGAUCGUUGAAAAUCGAUAAAAAGGAAAGAGCCUCCGUGCGAACGUGCAAAAUCGAUCGAUGGAGGAAGUUGCAAGUGGAUGAAAAAAUACGAGUGAAUGAUGCAGUGUCUUUUGAUCGAUCGAUGAGUGCACCAUUUUGCCAUCCAAGUGAUCGAGGAAGGGAGGAGAAAUCAAUGCUGAUCGGCUGAUGAUGAUGAUCUAACCCGUUCUCGAUCGGGGAUCGUCGCGAUGAGUGUCAAACGAAGAGUGUUCAAUGCUCUGGACGGGCUUAUUAAGUGUGAUCGUGCGAUCGUAUGCUCGGUGUUCUUAUGGUGUCUCAUGUCCCUACUGUACGUUCCUAUCGAGGCCGCCAAGCCGGGAAUAUGCGUCAUGGACGGCUGCAACUGCACCGUCAACGCGCAUCGCUGGGUUACCGUCAAAUGUGUCUUCUCCAAGGAACAGAGCGUGGAGCUGCUGGAAGGAACUAUUCCCGAGGAGGCGACGGAAGUCGAGGUCUCUCACUGCCGAGAACUGCGAAUACAAACGGGUGCGUUCGGCGCGGGCGCGCCUUUGAAACGCAUGCACGUUUCGGGAAUCAACAGCGUGAUCGCCAAAAAGCAGGCUUUUCAGAAUCUCAGCGCGCACAACACGCAUAUGGAGGUGUCGGAGUGCGACAGCGUGUUUUUGGACAGUCACGCCUUUCGGUACACACGCGGCACGUUAAGCAUCUCGAUAUCGCGAUGCAAACACGUGACGAUAAGACCGAAUGCCUUUUCGUGGCUGCUGUGGAUGAAGGUGAGGGAGGUGUCGAACUUGGAGCUCUCGAGCAACGCCUUCCAAUUCGACCAGACCGAACAAGGCAGGCAUGGACCGGCGACCAAGAUUAUGUUCCAAAAUGUGAGGAUUUUGGAGCUACCCACGGUAGUAUUUCCUUCGGCUAUGGCGGAAAUUCACAUGGACGAUAUCUCGAUGAAAGUCAUAGAGAAGGAUGCGUUUUGUGCCAUAAACAUCAUAAAUAUAAUUAUCAGCAACACGACUAUCCAGGAGAUUCGAUCCGGCGCUUUCAGCGACAGGGCUCUUAUCAACAAUCUCAAGUUUGUCGACGUGCAACUUAAAAAUAUUAAAAAGUCAGCCUUCAGAGCCGGACACGAUAAUCUCACGAUCCAAUAUUCAAGAUUAUACGAUAUGGACCCUGGCGCUAUCAAUACAUCGAUAGCAACCGUUAUCUUCAACAACAAUGAGUUUCAACACCUACGUCAAGGCUCAAUCGUGCUUCAUCAAUGGAAUCGCAUAACGAUCGACCACAACCUCUUCGUCGAUCUGGAGAAUGAUGCCAUUAAAGCGGAGAUCGGCGCCACUUCGAAGGCGAAACUUGAAUUUUCCUUCACGGACAAUCGCAUACACAUGGCACGGCCGGGAUCUCUCAGGUUCGUGGCAAUCUCGCAGGACGUGAAUUCAACGUACAUUGGCAACAAUUAUUUCAAGGAAAAGUGCAGUUGCAAUCUCGAAAGCUGGGUGCGUGAAGUGACGGGUAACAGUUCGGUUACGCGAGUGAUGGACUCCAAUUAUUGCGUGCUCGAUAAUUUGUUCAAAGGAUGCUUCAAUCGGUCGCAAGACUACAUGGUUAUGCGGAAUUUUACGCAACUUAUGUGCACGCAAGGGAAUCACAUUAAUUGCGAGCCGCCGUCCUCAGUUCCGGAGCCGAGCGUCAGUCCACCACCUAGCGUUGGUCCUCACGUCUACCCAAAGCAAAAGGGAUUCUACGAUAUGGAAAUAAGUGAGUCGGAGCAGCUGGAACGUGAGAAGAGGAUCAUCGUUAUCGUUUGCGUCGUGGCGGUCUUUAUCGUCGUUGUGGUGAUCCUAGCCUCGGGUAUCCUCUACAUGCGCCGUCGCGGCGUGUGUCCCAAACUAAUAUCCGGUUCGCUGAUAAAUUUGUCGAAUUGGCUCUCGCCCAGCAACGGAAUGACCGCCGCAACGUCCGCAAGAUCGAUAUCGAGGUUGAGCGUUCACGAGUACGCCGGUCUCCAAACAGAGACCAGAAUCCUCGAAGUGGAACCUCAGGCGGAAGGUACGGAGGAGGACGACGAGGAAGGUGACGUUUAUCCGGAGAACAAGGCCACGCAAACAUUGCCGGAGGAGCUGACGGGGGAGUACGUGAGGGAUCUCCAAGAACGGCUGAAGGAUCCCGACAAUUACAGCCAGGCGAGGGACAUGAUCCUACAUCUGUACGAUCUUAUCAAUGUCGAAAAGAGUUGCAACAACAAUAAUGACCGGCAACCAACAAAUGACGGAGAGGAGAACGCGUACGACGUGAUCCAGCCAAGGAUUAAAAGGCCUCGCCGCGGUACAAGACCGUCCAUAAACAUUGGCACCAAAGCACCGUCCUUGGAGAAGCUGUCACCGAGCAGAAUACAGAGACCAUUCAUCACCGACUACGCGGAGCCGCGCGAUCAGCGUACUAGCGAUCAAAACCAUCUGUAUGCGGAGUUGCUGGGCGACGAGACGGUGCCCAGCACAAGUCGACUGUCGCAACCGAUCUUAGAGAGCUUGAUCGGUAGGGCGCCGCAGCCAUUACCACCGGACGUCGUGAACGAUCAUAUCGUCGGCAAUGAUCUUCCUCCGCGAAAUCUCGGUUACGGUGCCGACGACGAUCGUAGACCAUCGCAGAGCCCAAAGUUGGAUUCAAAUUACAGAAAUCAAUCUAUUAUGUCGAUGAGCUUUCUCAAAGCUCUCGGCGAGAGUAUCCUAGGUACGUCCGGUAAGACGAACAACAAGAGGCCGAAUUCGCUGCUGUAUGAAUAUGCCGAACCGUCCGAUGUGAUCGCUCACCUCUACUCGGAGCUGUCGGAACCCCAACAAACGUCUGCAUCCACUAGCAAAAUGGCGAAUAGGCCCCUGCCCACCAAGCCCGAUCAGGAUUCCGUCGCCGCAAAUGCGACCAAGGCGUAGCGGCGUUCAUUAUCUGUGAUAUAAGUAUUACAUGUUGUAACUUAAAACACUCAAGUGUCCUUUCUUUUCGCCGUCUGUAUAAAGAAAGUGUUCGCGCAAUAUGCUUGUGUUUGUCGGAACGAUUGCAUAAGAGAAUUUCCGCCAGGCGAGAACGGGUCGCUUGGAGUCUCUCAAACAAGAGACUGUGUGUGUGUCUGUGCCACAAUAGUGAAGGAAAUACGCGUCGGAAAUUAAUGCAAUUCAUGCAUAUACAAGACUCCGGCCGAGCUAGAACGAGUGUCCUUACUUUCGAACCGUGUGUAUGAAUAAACCUUGUUAGAACAAUCGCGCAUAACCAGUUCAGACGAUGUUUUCGUGAAAGAAAAAAAGGUAAAGCGACUAAGAGAAUGUUUAUGCGAAAAUAUCACAGAGUUGUGCCAAAA